UUUGAGCCAGAGCCUUUGGGUGAGGACCCUAAUUGUCCUCCUGUCUAGGUCUGGGCGCCCUGGUAAUAUCUCAGUCCACGUACAACCAUGACUAGUUCCCCAAACUUCAACCACAUCGGCCGUCGCGUAAUUUAUCAAGGGUCGCCUUAUCUGCUGUAUACGGCAGGGCGGACAAAUGUUAACAUUCUACUGCUUGCGGCUCGCUUCUUUCUUUUUCACCGGUUUCUCUUACUUCCAUUACUAAUCUUCCAAAAUUCCCAGCUAAAUUGGCAGCGGCCGCAAUGCCACUGGAGUCACCAUCUUCAACUUUCCACACCAUCCAUCGGACGACAAUCGCCAAAUGCUCCUUAUAAGGCCACAUUGUCUCGUAUCCUGGGUAGUGUCCAAGGUUCGCUCUCUAAGAUAAAUAUGUUAAAAGACUGCAUUCGACUAGGAUCAAUGACUUCCACAGGGUUGCUGAAUUAACUGCGGCCGGCUUGUCCUCCCGCUAUUAGCUGCACGCAUCCGGAGGCGCUGAUGCUGCAAUCACUGGUCAAGCUGGGGUACGUGUCACUCUCAGCUCCAAGGCUGUCCCGUGAGCAGUCGUCCGUGUGCAGCUCGUUAUAGGACAUCAACUAAGGUUGAUUCACGAAAUAGUACUAAACGCUGUUUGUUUGUGAUUUCCGCUUAUGCUCCCACCGACUGCAGUUCUGAUGCUGCGACGCACACAUCCUACUACGAACCGAACACCCUACAACGCAAUGCUACCUGUUCAGCUAUCACAGUACUUGUAGGGAUAUGAAUGCGCGAGUAGGUCACUUAGCCUCUUCAGAAGCUCAGGUCGGUGGUAAUUAUGGGCUCAACUCCGACCGUACGGACAACGGCGAGCGUCUUUUGCAACUGUGUGCGGAGCGCCGGCUGUUUCUUA